AUUAUUAUCCUUUCCUAUACUAAACAGCAGCAAUAGAGAGAGAACUCAAGCUCAACUGCUGCUUGUUAGUUGAAUUGCUCCCAAAGAUCCACACUUUAAUCCUAUGGCAUCCUCAAUGUCCCUUUCCUUCUCUUCUUCUCUGCUCUCCUCUGCUCUGCUACGCCCAGAACCCAUGCCCAAGUCCAAGCCCCAUCCCCCAAACUCCUUCAUUGUUCCAUCUGCCGUCGCCGGUGCUGUUUCCGAUAAGAAGAGGCACUGGAAGGAAGGAGAGUACCCUGGCCUGUCGCACCAUUCCAUUCCUGGGUCUUCCAAGAAAACCCCCCUCAAGAAUCUCAAGAAGAAACUCGACCGCAAGAACGCCGCCAAGGCCUGGGUCUCCACCGUCACUGAAACCUUGUCCGAUUGCAUCCUAAAGAAGCAGUGGCUUCAAGCUCUCCAGGUAUUUGAGAUGCUUAGGGAACAACCCUUUUAUCAACCAAAAGAAGGCACGUACAUGAAACUACUUGUUCUUCUUGGGAAAUCCGGGCAACCCCACCGUGCCCGCCAGCUGUUCGAUGAAAUGGUUGAAGAAGGAUGUGAACCAACUCCAGAGCUUUACACGGCAUUGCUCGCUGCUUAUUGUCGAAACAAUCUCAUUGACGAUGCUUUCUCAACGCUUAACCAAAUGAAAACACUUCCUCGUUGUCAGCCUGAUGUCUUCACCUACAGUACCUUGAUUAAGGCGUGUGUUGAUGCCUCGCGAUUCGACUUGGUUGAGUCUCUGUAUGAGGAAAUGGAUGAGCGGUUGAUAACUCCGAAUACAGUUACCCAGAACAUAGUGUUAAGUGGAUAUGGUAAGGCGGGGAAGUUUGAUCAGAUGGAGAAAGUCCUAUCUGGCAUGUUGGAGAGCUCAGCAUGCAAACCUGAUGUGUGGACAAUGAACACCAUCCUCAGUGUGUUUGGUAACAAAGGGCAGAUUGAUAUGAUGGAGAGAUGGUAUGAGAAAUUCCGAAAUUUUGGCAUUGAACCGGAAACACGCUCUUUCAAUAUCUUGAUCGGUGCUUAUGGGAAGAAAAGAAUGUAUGAUAAGAUGUCAUCCGUGAUGGAAUACAUGCGGAAGCUUCAAUUUCCGUGGACAACCUCUACUUACAACAAUGUCAUUGAGGCAUUUGCUGAUGUCGGGGAUGUGAAACACAUGGAAUACACGUUUGAUCAAAUGCGUGCUGAAGGGAUGAAGGCAGACACCAAGACCUUUUGCUGCCUUAUCAAUGGCUAUGCUAAUGCUGGUCUCUUUCAUAAAGUUAUUAGCACCGCUCAGUUGGCUGCCAAGUUUGAGAUACCUGAAAAUACCUCAUUUUACAAUGCUGUAAUAUUUGCUUGUGCAAAGGCAGAGGAUUUGAUGGAAAUGGAGAGAGUUUUUAAUCGAAUGAAAGACAAGCAAUGCCCACCUAAUGAGUUAACCUUCUCCAUCAUGGUGGAUGCGUACAGAAAGGAAGGCAUGAAUGACAAGAUCUACUAUUUGGAGCAACUACAACAGGAGUUGCUUAAUAAUGGUUGUCUACCAUCUCAGUAGGACAUUUGAGUGAAACCAAUGACAGUGCUGCUGUAUUUCUCCCACAACCGAAUCGGAGAAGCAUAGCUUUUCCUUGAAUGCGCUUGCGAUCUUAAUGAAUCGAGUCACUGAUAGAUCAGCUGCUGCAUUUGCUUUCUAGAAUGGAUGGUUGAUCACUGCCUAUCCUCUUAGAUUUGCUGUGACUGAUAUCUUUGGGGGUUCAUUGAUGUUUGGAUGGAAGCUUGCGGGUACUUCAUUUUAUGUACAAAGUUGUUGAAUGUAGGGGAAUAGUUCAGUUACCUAAAGAUGCCAGUGGAAUUUCAAAGAUGUAAUUUAUUCUUUUUAUUGACUGUGGGAAGAGGGUCUUCAUCGGUUAUCUACUUUUGUGAGUGAUUAGAAUUUAUGGGUUCUCGAUAGGGUGAGCAUUCGAUCGAAUCGAAUCGAAUUAAAAAUUUUCGAGUUAAUCGAGUUUUCGAAUCUCAUUUUAUCA